ACUAGGUGUGCCUGUGGGUGUGGCAGUCUGUGUCUGUGCUCUGUGGUUUGGUUAAUUUUCUUGAAAAUUUGAAAAUCUUUACCCGGUCGAUAUUUAAAACAAAUAUCAGUGAAUUUUUAAUGAAACAUAAAUUACAAAAUGUCGGCGUUAGCGGGAGAAUACAUAGCAUACGCUAGGCAGCUCGCUAGCAAUGGAAAUUAUGGUAAAGCGGUGAAUUUAUAUUUUAUGGCUUUCGAAAAAAAUCCUCAAUUAAAACCAGCCCUCGAACCGGAGUUCAGGUCUAAUAUCAUGAAGCUGAACUCAAUCUUGGCGGAUGCUAAUAAAAUUGACGAGAUGUUUUCAAAUUUUCGGCAAGCAAUUGAUCUAUACCCUGAAAACGUAUUUCUAAUGAAUGAAAUCGGAAAAUACCUUUAUAAGUUUGGCUAUUACGCCGAAGCUUGGAAUCAGUUUAGAAAAGCUUUGGAUAUCGACGCUGGCUAUGUCAGGGCAGAAAAAAAUCUCAACUCAAUGAAAAAUUUGCUGGUCGAAAGGUGGCACUACAGAAUGCUCAAUGAUCGAAUCCGCAACGAGGGAUACCGCGCCGCUCUUCACGAGGUGGUGAAGCCCAGAGAAUCCAUUGUACUGGAUGUCGGCACAGGAACAGGAUUGCUGGCAAUGUAUGCUAUAGAGAGCAAGGCGGCUGCAGUCACAGCUUGCGAUGGAUCACAUGUCAUGACCAAUCUCACUGACUGCGUGCUGGAAGAUAACCGGCUGGCGAUGUCAAUACUGGUCUUAAAUAAAAUGUCAACUGCCAUGAAUCAAUCAGAUCUUGGAGGAAAAUGUUCUUUGAUAGUCACAGAGCUAUUUGAUGCGGGUUUGUUCGGUGAGCACAUCUUGCAGACACUGUCUCAUGCUUGGAAAAACUUGCUGUCUAGCUCUGGACAGGUCAUACCUCACACUGCGAAGUUUUUCAUCCAGGGUGCACAUUCUGAUUUGUUAAAUGCAAAAUAUCAGUUGCAGUCCCAGCCUAAGCGAUUCUUGAAUAUACCAGAUUUGAAUGUCCAUAUGUUACCCUUUGAUCACACUUAUGAUUGUGAGGAUCUACAUCAGUACAGUGACUUUGAGUACAUGACCGAUCCAGUUGAAGUUGUUGAAGUAAAUUUCAAUGAUGCAAAUGAUAUUGAUGAAAAACUCAGCUCAACAGAACCAUAUUUUGUAGAAUUAAAAGCAUUGCAGAGCGCAAACAUUAAUAUGUUGAUUGGAUGGUUCAACUUGCAACUGACACCCAACAUUACUCUUACAACUGAUCCCAGAAAUAAAUAUAAAUCGAACGGAUGGCAACAAGCUGUCUUCUUUGACUUCAUCCCAAGAAAUGUUGCAAACAAUGAAACUUUCACUAUAGAUUUUUUGAUGAAUUCAGGAAAAUUAACCUUGGAAACAAAUCCCAAUGAUCACAUAAUGAGGGUCUCACCUGAAACUCUUCGAUUUCUAAACGAUCAAGACUACAUGAAGAUGAUCCAACGUUGCAUAGGAAUGGCUUACGUACACCUGACCCAGUUGACUGAUAUAUCUGAAAUUAAAAUCAUCGACUUGUGUCCUUUUCCUGUCUUUGGUUGGUUCAUGCUGAAACGAGGCAUUAAUUCCUUGACUUGCUAUGCUAGAACUGAGGAAGACAGGGAGUUCCUCGAAACUGUCUUCCAUGUCAAUAGUGAUGUUCCGAGGAGCAAGAUAACAAUUAUAAUGGGGGAGAACUGGCACGCAGAGUCUGUUGGUAAUGACAAAUAUCAUGCAAUAUUCUGCAAUAUACUUGAGUUGUGCGGAGAUAUAGAUGUGAAUUACAGAGAGUUGGCUCAGCGCUUUCAAAGCACAAAUCUUGUUCACGGUGGCCUGUUUAUGCCAUCUGCUGUUACAUUGACGGCACAAAUAGUUAGUUGCGAAUGGUUAGAUUUGAACAACAGGCUGAAUGACUGCAAUGUGGGCUACAAAAUUGCUGCACACAUCAACAAGUACCAAGUGUCACAGCACUUUAGUUUGGAUUUAACAAAUUUGGAGUACACACCUCUUUCAGAUCCAAUAGAUUUGGGAAAUUGCAUUCGUUUGUCGCCAGAAGUCGUUAACUUAACAAUCAAGCAUGAUGGCAAUGCAAAUGCAAUACUGUGCUGGUAUAAAAUAGAGUUGAUGGAGAGUAUAUCUGAAGUUUCAACACAUCGGCCAAACAGUUUCAUAGAUGGAACAGCAUUUUUGGUAGAUCCAAUGAUACCCAUGAUUAAAGGCAAUGUUGCCAAUAUUCUUUGCUGCGUUGACAGCGAUGGAGCAUACAAAUUGAUGAUAGAUCUUGAAAGUACCUAAAUGGCUUAGGUAACUUGUAAUUUUUACUAUGUAUUAUUACUACAUAGUAUUUUUGUGAACAUAUAAUUUAUACCACUAUAAUCUAUACUACUUUCAGUAUUUAAACCAACCUACCAACUUCAAAAAUUAUGUUGUGUUAUUUCAAUAGUGUUCGUAUGCUAUGCAUAUAUUUAUAUUGAGUUCAAUUUAAGACUUUUUUUAUACUAAUACUAAGUUAUGCAAUUAUUACAAUACUUUGAUUGGUAGGCUACAUAUUUCAAUGCAAUCACAUAUACAUAUAUUGAUGUUGCUUGCUUUUAUGAAUAAGUACAUUGCAUGCGAAUGUUAAAUAUGUAGUAUUAAUUACAUAUAUUAGUUAUUUAUUGAUCUCAUUAUUAUAAUAGGUUAAUAUUAUCUGUAUAUGGAGAAGAAUGAGGGUAAUAAGUUGUACUGAUGUAUUGGAGACAGGGAGGUUUGGUCCAAUUGAGAUGUCGAUAUAAAUUGUCAUAAUUUUUUUGUUCAUAAAAUUAGAAUGUAUAAGCAUAUUCUACCAUUUACUUGCAAUUAACCUUUUACGUAAUAGAAUACAAUGUAGCAUUUAGAGAAAGAUCAUACUGGCACUCCUAGGUUUGUGUAGAGUUUAGAAAGUAGUAGAUGUGUCAUCUUGCAUUUAACCAUAGAAUUUGUUAAUAACACAAUAAGUGUACAUGUUCCCAGUAAAACUUUGAAUAAGGACUGUUCAAUAAAACAUGCUUUUAUGCAGUUUGGAUGUUCUAGUCAUUCUUAUAAAUAAUAGGUAGUUUAUUAUUUUUUAGCUUAUAGUAUGAGUGGUAAAUGAAUUUAAACCACCUGUUUUUAGCAUACACAAGUUAUAGUCUGCUCUUGCUCUUUUGGAAAAAGGUUAGAUUGGGUUCCACUAUGUCAGAUUGGCAGACUUGUCGGAAACCAGACACAAGAUGUUCAAAUUACACUGGAUCCUACAAGAAAAUCAUAUUUAUAGUCAAGUUGUCACCUCACUUGAAUUGGACAUGUGUGGGUUGGUCAAAAAUGCCAGGCUCAGUUAUUUGCUGGACUGGGGUAAUGUAAAAAGCUUCAUAUAAAUUUGUACAACCAUCAGUUUUACUGGUCUGCCAAAUUUCUCAGUUCGGUGUUACGGUAAUGGCCAUGUAUUAUGUAACCUUAAUGUUGUGUCAAGCAUAAUGUUAUCAUAAUCUAUACUUUAAGAUUAAGGAGGUAAAGUUUGUGGUAUGGGGGUAAUCCCUGGAUUUACUGAACUGAUUUUGAAAAUACUUUUACUACUACAUCGUAUUGGUAUUUGUGGUAAAAGCUAAUUAAUGGUGGCUAUAGUGAAUCCCUGUCUUCUCACUGGGAUAUAAACUACGCAGGUAAAACCGCUGGGCGACAUCUAGUAAUAUUUAGAAUAAGUAUGUACUAAAGUAAGCUUUUUCAGUCUUUACUAUCAAUUUCAUAAAUACCUAGAUUGUUGUUAAUAUGUGAGCUUGCUUAUUACUACAAUUUUUUUUCGUAAAACCAUGCCGCUUACUAUUAAUUGCUCAAUACAUGCAUGCUUACAUGUGUACUAGUCACGUUUUAUAUCUUUUAAUUAUUGUAAGGGCGGUAAAGUACAGAGGGUAAAGAAUUGUAAAGCAAAAAAAAAAACUGUUGAUGUAUACAAAUGUUAGGUGGUAGUAUUUAGAUAAUAAGUAUUACUUAUUUUAUAUUUAUCAACUAUUUAAUGGACUUUAUAUACUUACAUUCCAUUUAGAUAAUUUGCUACUUUUAUUUAUGUUAUUUAUACGUAACUCGACCAAGCCUAGACAAAAACGGUCCCUCCCGCCCGCUUACCGCUUACCUACGUUAAUAAAGUUCGUACGACGAUACUUUUAAAAAUUUAAAAAUAUAAUACACUCAAUAACUAAUAAUAUUGUCUUAGAGUAACAUAUUAUACCUAGAUAUUUUUGAUUUCAAUGUAAAAUUAUUAUUAACUAGCGGACGCCCGCGACUUCGUCCGCGUGAAGUAGAUGUAAACUUUUAACUACCCCUGCCUUACCCUACUCCUACUCCUACCAUACCCUACCCUACCCCUACCCCUACCCUACCCAUUAUAUAAAUAAAUAAUAAAUAAAUAAAUUAUGGCUGCACACGCGACGGAAGCUUAAAAAAUUGAGUAACUUCUCCCGUUUUCUCAACAUUUCUCUUUACUGCUCUGCUGCUAUUGAUCGUAGCAUAAUGAAAAGUAUACUAUAACCUGCCCAGGAGUAUGUAGAAUAAUUGUACCAAGUUUCGUUAAAAUCCGUCCAGUAGUUUUUGUUUCUAUAAAGAACAUACAGACAGACAGACAGACAGACAGACAGACAGACAAAAAUUUUACUGAUUGCAUUUUUGGGAUCAGUAUCUAUCACUAAUCACCCCCUGAUAGUUAUUUUGGAAAUAUAUUUCAUGUACAGAAUUGACCUCUCUACAGAUUUAUUAUAAGUAUAGAUAUAUUUUAACUAACUGCAUUGAAUGUCACAGUUUAACUGUGGUUCAAUGUUGAACAAUAUAAAUUUUCUUGGCUUUGUAGGAAUCGAACAUGAAUUUAAUUCAUACACCUAUCAUUUAAACCUCGUGCACAAGCAUUGAAUAUAAAAUCAUAGGGGAAUCGUACAAACACAAUAAUAUUGGCAAUAUGUUGGGGUACCUACCACCUUAUGUAUCCUUACUCCACAUAUAUUAUUGAGUGUGUGCGGACAACCUAUCUACUACUAAAUUAUGUAUUUUUUUUGCUACUACUUCGUACUCUAAAUGUUAAAAUAAAUAUAUAUAGAUAUUUUGGCUAUAUAAAUAUACACAAACUGUUUAUGGAUAUUUGAUGUUGUAAUAAAAUAAAUGUCUUAAAUGAU